UUCGCCGGAACCCACGCCUCGGUCUUCUGCUUCCGGGUCGCAGCCAUGGCGGUGGCAAAUUCAAGCCCUGUCAAUCCCGUGGUGUUCUUUGAUGUCAGCAUUGGCGGCCAGGAAGUUGGCCGCAUGAAGAUCGAGCUGUUUGCGGACGUUGUGCCUAAGACGGCCGAGAAUUUUAGGAAUGCCCUCAGCUGUGAUGCCAUGGUAACUGAUUCGUUCACUCUUUUCCCUUUAAGGCAGUUCUGCACUGGAGAAUUCAGAAAAGAUGGAGUUCCGAUAGGCUACAAAGGGAGCACCUUCCACAGGGUCAUAAAGGAUUUCAUGAUUCAGGGUGGGGAUUUUGUUAAUGGAGAUGGUACUGGAGUUGCCAGUAUUUACCGGGGGCCAUUUGCAGAUGAAAAUUUUAAACUCAGACACUCAGCUCCAGGCCUGCUUUCCAUGGCAAACAGUGGUCCCAGUACAAAUGGCUGCCAGUUCUUCAUCACCUGCUCUAAAUGUGAUUGGCUGGAUGGGAAACACGUAGUGUUUGGAAAAAUCAUUGAUGGACUUCUAGUGAUGCGAAAGAUCGAGAAUGUUCCCACAGGCCCCAACAAUAAGCCCAAGCUGCCUGUGGUGAUCUCACAGUGUGGGGAGAUGUAGUCCAGAGCAAGACUAAUCAGAUGUCUUGAAGACUUCCUCUUCCAUCACAUAAAACUACUUCAUAUGAAAACAAACUGACAAUAUGCUGUGUUUGUAGCAUAUAGCUUAUUUUAUCCUCUGACGAUUUGAACAGUUCAAUGUUGUGACUGUUUUGUCCAGAACACAUUUUAAGCAAAAACUGACGUUGUGUUGCUUAUCUUAACUUUGGUGAUAUCCUUUGUUAAACAGAAACUGUAAAUUAAAAAAAAAAAAAAAAGAAAGAAAGAAACUGUAAAUUUUGAU